AUGGAAAUCUUUGUCGGUCAAUGGUGCCAGAGCGGUAUUGUGAAAACGAUGCGCAGCUACGGAAAAGGAUUCGAAUUUAUUGGCAUUUUAAUAACGAUUUUGCUGUACUUUCGAGCGACAGUUGGUAUCCACAACUCGUAUCCCGUUGCGAAGCACAUUGUCAACCUUCUACGUGAUCCCGAAAUCAUUGUGACAUGCCGAAGCAACGACAGUAUGUCAAGCUUCAUAACUUUCACUUUUGAAAUCUCAUUCAACAUUCAAUUCGUUCAAUCCAGAGGGAACUACGAACAGUCGACUACCGCACGGACUACGAUACUGGUGUAA